UACAGCUUUACUUAAAGCCCAGUACCAGCUGUAUGUUCGAGGUCAAAUAAAAACUUCAAAACGUUUAAACCAGACAUUUAAAGAUCACAGAGGCCUGGUGCUUUACUUAAAAAAAAACCAAAAAAAAAAACCCAAACAACAUUUUUUUAAUCAAAAUAACGAGCAAUUUGCACGGCAUGUAUCCAAACAGCAGUGUGUUUCAAAGGAGCUUUACAGAUUGAAUGUAACACUGAGUCAAAACAUGUCUCCGUCCUUCAUGUCACCCGAGAGCUUCAGAAGCGCCGCGUUUCCAGUCCUGGUCGUGGGAAUGCCGCGCUUCGUUUGUGGGCGGGACACCUGCACCGGUUGCUCUUGUGAUUAUCCCGUGAAGACUCAAGCAUUUCCAACCUGUUAGUCUAACCUACAUCUAUAUAAUCUACAUCUCGAUCUGACUUGAACCCCGUGAGUAUGGAGGACGGAUCUGAAGAACUGUUCCGACAGCAGCCGGGACACUUGGAAGUCUCCUUGGACGCGGUGUCCACCACCGGGGAGGACGAGAACGCCAGCGCGGGCGCUUCAGGCACGGAGCUGCAGGCUCUGGAGAAGCCUCCGUACUCGUAUGUGGCGCUCAUCGCCAUGGCCAUCCGAGAGAGCACUGAGAGGAAACUGACUCUGAACGGUAUCUAUCAGUUCAUCGUUUCUAAGUUCCCCUACUACGAGAAAAACAAAAAGGGCUGGCAGAACAGCAUCCGGCACAACCUCAGCCUCAACGAGUGUUUCGUUAAAGUGCCCCGGGACAGCGGUGGCGGAGGAGGCGGUGGAGAGAAGAAGGGCAACUUCUGGACGCUUGAUCCUGCUUUCGAAAACAUGUUCGAUAAGGGCAACUACCGGCGCAGGAGGCGCGUCAGGAGACCUUACCGAGCACCUGCUUUACCUUACAUCCCGUCUGUGAACUUCACCGAGCCGCUGUAUUUCCACCGGGAGCCUGUGUACUGGCAGACCCCACUAGUCGGAGGCACAUGGAGCGUCGUACCGCAGACCGGCGCGCACCCCGCGGUCCCAGCCUACAGCUUCCACAGCAGCGGGAACGCGCGUCCUUCGUCUCCCAACACAUACGCCAGCUCCCCCGUGAGUUAUUACCACACUGCGAAUGUCCGUCCGUCCUACGGACCAUACCAGCACUCAUACCAUGCUCUUGCGCCGCACUCUGGGCGCACUUUAUGCGAUAUAUCCGCUCCGGAGAGUCCCGGCGGAAGCGCUAUUCCCAUCGGCAACUACGCGCCGCAGCAUCUGUACAGCCAGGCCGACCUGGAGCACAGCUUUGAAUGAAGAGCAAAAAAAGAGCUUUGGGAUUGAAAUUGUUCAGAAAUGUGGAUCUUUACAUGCAGGACAAGUCGUUCAUAUGGAUUUAUACUUUCGUAAAAGUGAGUUCUGAGUUUGCAUUGCGUUGGUUUUACGCAGAAACACUAAAACUAAUGACUGCAGUGAAGCGGUUCGUUGUUCGAGUUGUAAUCCGUUUCAAUACAAACUUUAAAACAAACAUUGAGAAAGUUAGUUCAGAAAGCGUUGUUGUUGUUUUUUACAUUGAUUGUAAAAAUGUUUUAUAAGUUGGAAUUGAAUCCAUAUUGAUAUUUUGUGCCGAAGCUUCUUGUUUACUUCGGGUUAGUGGUUACAAGCUGGUUUUGUUUUUAUAGGCGUAUUUGACCAUAAAUGUUAAAAAUGCAGAUAUUUUUCUAUUGUUAUUUAUUUUCAAGUUUGAUCAAUUCCAUUUUAGUGUUUCGGUUCAGUUUUUUUUAUAUGAUCUCUGUUAGAAAUUUUGCUCCCUUUAAUGAACAUGGAUUAGAUGUUGACUUUAGCAUUGAUAAGAUGUUGGUUUGAAGUAUUCAUUCAGGUCUAUAUUGUUACAUUUUUAUAAUAAACAGAAACGUGGUCUGUCA